AUGGGUGUAGACUCAGGUCGUAGUGAAUGUCCCCACCAAGAUUGGAACCAAACCUACACCAUUGGAUCUGACACAGAGAAGCUGCAGCACAACUCUACGGACACAGACCCAGGCACUCUACGGAGACAGACAGAACCAGGCACUGUACGGACACAGACAGAACCAGGAACUGUACGGACACAGACAGAACCAGGCACUGUACGGACACAGACAGAACCAGGCACUGUACGGACACAGACAGAACCAGGCACUCUAGGGACACAGACAGAACCAGGCACUGUACGGACACAGAACCAGGAACUCUACGGACACAGACAGAACCAGGCACUCUACGGACACAGACAGACCCAGGCGCUCUACGGACACAGACAGAACCAGGCGCUUUACGGAAACAUACAGAACCAGGCACUCUACGGACACAGACAGAACCAGGCGCUCUACGGACACAGACAGAACCAGGCGCUUUACGGAAACAUACAGAACCAGGCACUCUACGGACACAGACAGAACCAGGCGCUCUACGGACACAGACAGAACCAGGCGCUCUACGGACACAGACAGAACCAGGCGCUCUACGGACACAGACAGAACCAGGCGCUCUACGGACACAGACAGAACCAGGCACUCUACGGACACAGACAGACCCAGGCACUCUACAGACACAGACAGAACCAGGCACUGUACGGACACAGACAGAACCAGGCACUCUACAGACACAGAACCAGGCACUCUACGGACACAGACAGAACCAGGCACUCUACGGACACAGACAGAACCAGGCGCUCUACGGACACAGACAGAACCAGGCGCUCUACGGACACAGACAGAACCAGGCACUCUACGGACACAGACAGACCCAGGCACUCUACGGACACAGACAGACCCAGGCACUCUACAGACACAGAACCAGGCACUCUACAGACACAGAACCAGGCACUCUACAGACACAGACAGAACCAGGCACUCUACAGACACAGAACCAGGCACUCUACGGACAGACAGAACCAGGCACUCUACGGACACAGACAGAACCAGGCGCUCUACGGACACAGACAGAACCAGGCGCUUUACGGAAACAUACAGAACCAGGCACUCUACGGACACAGACAGAACCAGGCGCUCUACGGACACAGACAGAACCAGGCGCUUUACGGAAACAUACAGAACCAGGCACUAUACGGACACAGACAGAACCAGGCGCUCUACGGACACAGACAGAACCAGGCGCUUUACGGAAACAUACAGAACCAGGCACUCUACGGACACAGACAGAACCAGGCGCUCUACGGACACAGACAGAACCAGGCACUCUACGGACACAGACAGAACCAGAUUUGUGUUGUGCUCAGACAGAGUAAUUAUUCCUAUAGGCAGGGAUAA